UCAUUGGGGUUGUAGUAAAAGAAGCCACAGCCCUGUCUUAAAGUUUGAAGUUGAACCAUCUCGGCUGUAUAGAACAACUCGUUUUUAAAACUGACCGCGGUUCGUAUCGUUAUUGCCGUUUCCUAAUAGUGUCUAAAUCCAUAUCUUUAUAAAUCGCUUGCUAACGAAGCUGUUACGUUUUAACUGACACUUUUCAGUUCAGACCCUUUACAAUUUCCAGGAAGUGAAGAACGUUGCGCUGUGAGUACGGCAUAAUCUUAAGGAUAUACACGCUAAUAUUAGUUGUUACCAACCUAUAACGCUAUGAAGUUGUCAUAAUUGUUUUUCUUAGCAUCUCAGUUCGACAUGUACUGACUGGAAUGAGGUGGAUUGGGGCGCGUGCUCAUACAUUUGCAUAUAUAUAAAUUAGUUAGUAUUAAAUAUUAAUGUGCACGUGCAGCGACAUAGCAUAUCAUUAUAUGAUUUACAGUGAGGACAAAAGAUUUUCGUCCUCUUGAGAUUUUUAGUUUAGACGUCUAUUCUAUACCUUUUAUUGUGUUACAGAUUUACAGAUGUUUCUUUCCAUUCAUUUACCGAUGUGGUCAAAUAACGGUCAAAUAUUCAGUCAUUCAUUAAUCCCUGAUUAAUAGUGCACGUGAGGUGGGAAUACACCCUGGAUGUGAUGUCAUACCAUCUCUUUGGCCUUUAAGAAGUUGAGCCGUGUAGAUGACCUUGAGGUCUGACGAUGGCGUCCCACCCUCAUUCGGGCCCUGAUUUAAGACCAGGACACGGGCAGUCGGUGAAGGAUCUGCUGUUGGGAUCUCAGCAGCUCCUGGUGGCGUCUCUGUAUAACUUGGCGCCGCUGUUAGACUGCGUCCUGGCUGCAGGUUUGCUCUCUCUGGAUAACUACCAUGAGGUGAAGGCGGAAAAGACGCCCAAGAAUAGAGCUCGCAAGCUGCUGGAGAUUGUUCAGGGUCAGAUGGAUGAGAACGGAGCCUUAUGCUUCUUAGAGUGUCUGCGGGAAUGUAAGCAGCAUUAUCCGCGACUGCGCAGCUGGCUGGCUGCUGAAACAGAGAUCCAGCGUGGACCCACAGAGCGGAAGCUGCAGGCUCAGUUCUCAUGCCUGUGUAGCCGCCUGGGCUUCUCUGUGCUGCCCGUGUCUCUGGCUCUGUUCUCCAACAGCGUCCUCACACAGUUCGAUCUGGAGCGGAUCCAGGCGGCACCAACCCCUACUGAGCAGAGCCACGUCCUGUUGACCAUCUGCCUUACUAAAGGAGAGAUGGCCUGCAAGAGCUUUUACACGGCGCUGUACAGCGAAGACCCACAGCUCAGUGAGGACAUAAACAUUAAGGAGUCGUAUGCAGUCAGUAGUUUGUUAAAGGAUUUGUCGCUGAACAGCAAAGAGGUCAGCAGCAUCGGUGUGGCAGUAGAGGAAACACGGGAUACUGCAGCAGGACACCUGCCUUACUCAGAAGUGCUGCAGCAGGUGAGAGCUCAGCUAGGUGUGGCUGUGGGAGAUGAGGCCAGGCUGAACGUGUGUAAGCUGGGGGUCGCAGUGGGUCUGCCACGUCAUAUAGUCAAAGAGUGUCUUCUAGAGGGGGUGAGCUUAGAGGACUCGGCCCAGCUGGAGGCUCUGGUGGCUCUGUUCAUGGAAAAGACUCAGGAUGCAGAGCGGCUCCUCAGUAGAGUCGCAGAACUCGAGUUUGGAAGCGUGCAGCUCUCUGAGCGAGGCUGUUUGUCUCUGAAGCUCCUGCAGGAAGCUGAUGCUCUCCUCCGACGUGGGAGCCACAGUCACAACCACACCUGGGAUUAUCAGCUUGAUCAGGGUCACCUGGAUGGUGCAGACUGUGAUGAUUGCACAUUGUGGACUAUCUUCCGCUACUUGGUAUGGGACUGCCUGGUCGAAGCUGUGGAAGAACCCAAGCUGAAGGCCAGCGGUGGCCUGGCUACGAUGCUGCAGCAGCUGCACGGCUGCGCUCUAGUGGACUUGGCGCUCCUGCAGGAGCUGGAGCAGUGCUGGAGUGAAGGAGGAGCUGAAAACCUGCUCCAAAGCAUCAGGGUUCUGGCACAGAUUCUGAGGGACCUGCACUCACUACACACUGGCAUCAAUCUCUCGAGCCCUGUGGAGGGCUUGUAUUCCUGCUGGAGUCGGCUUCACAGGGUCACGUCUUUUCAGGGUGUGUCGGCCCGGGCCAUUCGGAAAGUUCUGAACAGUGUGGUGCCUGCCUCAACGCAGCAGGACUCAACUCCUCGGGCUCGACAUUACAGAGAGGUGUGUGUUUAUGUAGCACGACUGUUGGAUACGAUGCAAGCGGAAAGGAGCAUUAGAGAUUUUGCAAAUUCCUCCAUUGCUCAAAUCACCCAGCACAUCCGUCUCGUGCUCUCCGGACCUGCUUUUAACUCGCAGACCUUCGAUGCGGGAAUUUGGAACCGCUUGAUGUGUCUGACUGAGUUCAAUCCUGCACAGCUGGGCCUGGGCCUUCUCAUGCAGCUGCAUCAGGAGACCCUGUCUGACCUGAAGCACUACCUCCAGCCAGGUGAGUGCCACAGUUCCCACUUCGUCCUGGAGUCCGUUCGCAUGUUUGGGUCACCGCGGCUGAUCUCCGUGAACAGCACCCGGGGGCCUGUGACCAUCGAUGAUGGCGUAGAGGUGGAUUUGUAUUUUAAAAUAUCCAAGCCAGCUUCCUUUAUGGUGCGCCUGCACUGCCGUGGUUAUGAGAAAAGCAAAGGGCACUUUGAAGUACACAAACCUUCUUGUGUGCACAUUUCCCAGCUCCGUGAAGAAGGAACGCGGGCAAUAAAUUGCUUAGGCAGUGAAGUUUUAGCACAGGAGAAUGAUGAAAUGUGGAUUAGAGAAAGUGGGAGUGGAUGGUGGGAGGAACUGCAGUGUAUAGCGCGGAGAUAUUCUGUGCAGCUCCAGGAACAAGGCUGCUGUUUUAUGAUCAUCACCUCAGAGUCAGAGUGUCUAGUGAAGUUUAUCUACAGACGCGGGAGGCUGUGGGCCACAGCGCAGAGAGGAUGCGAGGUGAUAUGAGACUGAACUUUCAUGUCAUAUUUAAAGCAUCUUUCACAUAAGCACAGUGUGAAGAAAACCUUGAUGCUUGAACAAAAACAACCAGGUAGAGCUCAUGAGUGAUGUAGACUUGGUCCACUUUUAAGUGAACAAUUGACUGAAUCAACUUGCUUGCAGGAAGUGAAUAAAAAAAAAAAAAUGCAGUGUGUUUUGGGUUAAACUUUUUUUUAAUGUAGCCGUGAGCUGAAGCACAAACUGAGCCAAUGCCUGGAGCUGCAUGAGCACAAUGAGUUCUGGAUAUUUAGAGUGAUGAAGAAAAAUACUGUGAAAUCUCUCUUCUUGUCUCCAUGCUCAGGUGAUUUUUGUGUUUUUUAGUUUGUUUAAUUACAUGUAGAGCAAAACCAAAGUCUUGUACCUAUUAUUCUUUCUAUAACUCCUAUAAACACAAACUUUUAAGGAUUCUUCAAUUUUAAAGACUGAUUCAAGAUAUUACCAAACAAUGCAUACGGAUUGUUGAUGUUACUGAUAAGAUACGGCUAAGGACUGAAAGCCAGUGAUGGUAAUAACAACAAUAACAACAACUACAAUGCUGUUAAGGGUCAAAACCCAAUUAUGGCUCUAGGUCAUGAACUGUUGUGUCAUUCACUAUGAAACUCUUAAAGGGAAAGUGUUUCAGUGUCACUGUAUAGUGUUAUUGCCAUACAAUAAAAUGUUUGUCUAUAAUUUA